AUGACUGAACAGCGAUGGAAUGAAAGACUUGGCGAAAUGAUGAAAAAGCAACGAAACACCCAAGAAAAGCUUAAAAUGCUAAAAACUCAAAAGAUUCUCGAUGAGAUGAAAGAGGUUACUGGUGUUCCUAAAAUAAAUGAGGUUAGUCGAAAAGUGGCAGCUGAGCUCGAAAGAAUUGAAGCUGAAAAAAAAAUUUCGAGUGACUCCCAUGGUAGAGAAUCUACCCCGCCCCCACAAACUCCCAAAAACAACACUAAAUCUCAGCUAAAUCCACCCAUUUAAUUUGCGAACAAUCUGUUUCACUAUUAAUGAAUUAUAUAAAAAUUAAUUGUGUUUUUAUAAUAUUUUAAAAUAUUAAAGAGCUUUUUAUUAAAAAUUAUAAUUAAAGCAAAUUUUUAUAGUUUUGUGUCCGUUAUUAAAUGGAAAAUUAAGUAAAUCCCUUGCCCGAGAUUUUAUGAGGUUAAAUAAGGAUGAUGAUCCUGAGUCAAAAAGACUUCCCCCUCCAACCGAUAUUAUUUUUCCUCCAAAAAAGUUUGAAAAUGUUCCUAGUAAGAAUUUCAAAGAUCUACAAGAAGCCUACGUCAGAGCUCAAACUCUUCACUGUCAACAACAAGAUCCUCAGCCUCUUUCCCCUAGAUGCCAUGUGAAUUUGCCAUCAGGACAAGCUUCUGAGCCGUACAUUAAUUUAAGAGCUCCAGCCAAUGGAAAAGUCAUCAAUAAAAUGGGAGUAAGCCAAGCAGAAACUUUGAGAAGAGACUUUCUGACGACUGAAGAAAAAAAGAAAGAAAGUCUUGACACAUAUAAGAAAAAUAUUCAAUGGGCUCAAAAGCUUGAAGAUAAACUUAACGAGCAAAGAUGGGAUAAGCAGGUUUCUGAAAUUGCUUCAUGCACUUUUAAACCUGCAGUUAAUAAAACUCAAAACCUCAGAAACAGCUUCUCAGGAAAUAAUGAAGGAAAAGGUAAAAGCUAUACUCAAAUACAUGACCAAAGGAAAACCAUGCAAGCCAGCUUAGAAAACCAAGAAGCUCAGCUGAAAAAAGCAACGAGUGUGAAAAAUAUCGAGGGCUCUAUUGAUGACCUAGGAGAAUCUCAAAAUCCUUUUACGAACAAUAAGCCAUUUACUUAUUCAUCGCUGACUCCAAUGGGAGCUAAAGUCAAAUAUAGAGAAGGAUUUAAUGUAAAGAAAUUUAUGAAUACUGCCAAGCCAAUGGUCAGUUAUCAACAAUUAGGAUAA